AUGAUCUGUCUCCUGCGUUAUGACGAGGCCCUCCGGAUCACUUGGGCAGAUAUAACUUUUCAAGUCAAGGACAACGUGAUCGAAGACAAUUGGCUCGACAUAUCCACAGAUCUAUUUCUUCAGGACACAACCACAUUCCGACCCGCUGACUUCCGUGUGAAACUCGAGCUGCCAUUCAGAAAAACGCAUCAAUAUGGAGGCAUAGCACUGUUCUAUAUAUAUCCUGACGAGGAGUGUCCGUGGAUGUGCUUGGUGCGGAUGUUUGCAGUUUGGUGGGUAUUGGCAAGGGAAAGGUGCGAGAACCUUGAUGGCUUCAUUUUUCAGAAGAAAAUCGGUACCGACAGUAUUAGCGUGAAUCCCACAGACGGCAUGACCUCUGAUGCGUUCCUCGAGUGUUUUCGCAAUAACCUCCUGGAUAUUGGCGUGGAUCCACAUCCUUAUGGCACUCACUCCUUUCGGCGGGGCGGGUGUCAGUUUUUAUACAAGGUAUGCAGGUGGGACUUUCGGGACAUAUGUGACUGGGGAGGAUGGGCCAAAAACUUCGACAAUCCAGGUACCAUCUUUAAAUACCUGCUGUCAUGGAAUGACAAUCCCCGGGAGCAACGGGAGCACUACAUGAAUCCCAACCAGCCCAGGAAGGACCCUUGUCAUACUUGUGGUAGAACUUGUCAUUGUGCUUAA